UCAGCGGAAGGAUUAAGACUGCUGAUCGCGUCAGAAGGAAGACUAGCCGGAGCACACUUGCAGUGGGAACAAUGCCAGCCAUCAGGAAUCUGAGUCGAGCAGUCAGGCAGGUGCUGCAGAGACCUGGCUGUGGCUGUCAAGUUGCCAUCAUGCCGGUGAGGUGUCUUGGUUUUUCACCCCGGCAGGUAACUUCAGAUGCCAGCUUUCAUUCUGUAUCUUUCUCAGAAACUGAUCAUCCCCGAGUGUUAAUUACAGGGGGACUAGGCCAGCUUGGAGUAGGACUUGCUAAACUCUUGAGAAAACGCUUUGGGAAGAACAAUGUGAUCCUGUCAGAUAUUAGAAAGCCACCUGAUAGUGUCUUCUAUAGUGGUCCUUUUAUCUACUCUGACAUUUUGGACUACAAAAACCUUCGCGAGAUAGUUGUGAACAACCGGAUUACAUGGCUGUUUCAUUAUAGUGCUUUGCUCAGUGCUGUUGGAGAAGCCAAUGUUCCUUUGGCAAGAUCUGUCAAUAUCAAUGGAUUGCACAACAUUCUUGACAUUGCCGCCGAACACAACUUGCGACUCUUUGUACCCAGCACGAUUGGAGCAUUUGGACCCACCUCCCCUAGAAACCCAACCCCUGAUCUCUGCAUCCAAAGGCCAAGGACAAUCUAUGGUGUUUCCAAAGUUCAUGCUGAGCUCAUGGGAGAAUAUUACCAUUACAGGUAUGGGUUGGACUUCCGGUGUCUGAGAUACCCUGGCAUUAUCUCAGCAGAUUCCCAGCCUGGUGGAGGAACAACUGACUACGCAGUCCAAAUCUUUCACGAUGCUGUGAAGACUGGCAAGUUCCAGUGCAAUCUAAAACCAGAUACACGCCUCCCAAUGAUGUACAUCAGCGACUGCCUGAGGGCUACCUUGGAGAUCAUGGAGGCACCUGCUGAGUCACUUAGCAUGAGGACAUACAACAUAGGUGCCAUGAGUUUUACUCCUGAGGAGCUGGCUCAAGAGGUCCAGAAGCAUAUUCCAGAACUCGAAGUUGCCUACAGUGUGGACCCAGUCAGACAAGCCAUUGCUGACAGCUGGCCCAUGGUUUUUGAUGACAACAACGCACGCCGAGAUUGGGGAUGGAAACAUGAUUAUGACCUUCCAGACCUGGUGACCACAAUGUUCAGCUUUCUCAGCUCUGUAUCCUCUGUUACCAGGAUUGCCCAGGUCAACUGACCCUCCUUGUCUUCUGCAGCCCCUAUGAUAAUUUUGACUCAAGCACGGCCAAAUGAAAGUUUCCUUAGUUUCUAGUCUCGAAGCAGCCCUGGCACUGCUACACUUCCCACAAGUGAUGUUGGGUGACUAAUUUCUCUUGGUUCACCUUUUUUCCUAUUUUUAUCAAGCUAGCUGAAUAUGACUCUCAUUAUGCUGAGAACGUUUCAAGUGUUUCUGGUUGCAGUCUAGCCAUUAGUCAUGUUGGGCCAACAUUAUUUUUAUUUAUACAUGGUAUAACUCCCUCCCCCCCAAAGAAAACCUUCAUCUGGUACUUAGAAUAUCCAUAUUUUCUUAUUCCUUGGUGCUUCUUCCAUUAUUCUUGUUGGUUAUUGGAUUAAAAUUCAGAGCUAAGUUGACAUGACAAAAUGCAGGGUUGGGACCACUAUUUGCUGAGAUAAUGGAAAUGUGAAAGCCAGGGGGCAUUUGCAAGGAGAUCAGCAGACAGGAGAGAGGGGUGCUUAACCCUUCCUGUGCCAGCAAGUUUGCUCCAGGAAAUGCCACUCAGAUCCUCAAUAUUAGCAUUAUAAGGGAAAUAAAUGAUGGGGAAGCUUUCUUCCUCACCCACGUCUAUCUUCUAUGAAUAAGCAAUAUUCCUUCAAAAUGUACUGGUUUUACUUAGUAAAGGAAGGUAAGAAAAAAGAAGCCUACAUGUUUCUUUUUGGUGCACCACCCCCUCCCCACCAGAGAGUUUAAAAUCUAUUUUACUUCUAAUUCUUCAUUAAUUCCUUAUGUUUAUAUUGUAUCUUUCCUCUAUGGUGCUUGAGCGGCAUAAAUUGAUGGAAGUAUCCCUACAUUUUCCUCACAACAAUCCCAUGAAGUUGGUUCAAGCUAAAAGACCGACUGGCCCAAGGAACUCAAACCCAGGACUCCUCAGUCCAAGUUCAGUGCUUUAACCAUGACACUUCGGUGUCGCUUACAGUACGCAGAAUAAUACCAGAGGCUUACAGCAGAUCCAUGCUACCAAUGCAUAAUGUAUUGUUUUAAACCCAAUUUUUUGUUCCACCUGGUUUGGAUGCGCAUGAUGGUGUCACUCUAUUCAAAAGAACAGGUCAGCCCCUCUUGACCUUGGCAUGAAUGAGGUGGCAUCUUGGUGCCGCAUUUCUUAAAGAAAGGGCCAUGUUUCCUUCCAAUAUUAUAGAAGUGCACUAAGACUCUGGCUGCAGAAGCCUAACAAAGCAAAAAAGAAAGGGUUGACUUCUAAAUCUGAGCACUUUUUGGAGCUUCCACAUUACCUCAUGCUCCAGUAGUCCUGUUUCUGGACUUUCCCUGCCCUUGAUGCAUUCUUUCUCAAAUCUCCUUUUACUCCCCUCUUUUUGAAAAGAAUGAAGUCCGAGUGCAUUAGGACUCCAUCUGCAAGGAACGGCACACAUUUCCCCACCAUUAGCCCCUCACAGGUACCCUUUUCCCAACAUUUUUUCCAGUUGUGCCAUUGCAGGGAUUUCCUUAAAGAGGUAAUUGUGGUUGCAUUGUAACAGUCUAUUGCCAUUUAAGAACUUGCUUUCUGUUUAAUAGAGCUGUUAUGGUGCUACAGUGAAAAAGAGAGGGGGAAGUGCAUAGAGAACUCCCCCAACAUGCAUGUCUCGGCAUUCACAGCAGCAAUGAAAGCAAUGUGGAGAACCCUUGGCAUGUGCCAUGUGGCACAGUGACAAAGAGCAAGAGUUAAAUUGCAAACCAGCAUUGUUUCCAGCUUCCCCUGGUGCAGUCCCUUUGGAUGAAUAAAAAUGUAAAAGCGUUCCUUGGAGUGAGUUGAGUGGUACAUGCUUAUGGUUUGCUAUUGAGGAAAGUGGGCAGGGCAGGAAGGCACUGGCUGUGAUCUGCAUAUGUUCCAUUUGUCUCAUCCAUUGCAAUAUAUAUGUCCUACAGUUCAUUUGGAGUGUAUAUAAUUCAUGCUAAGGUUCAUGAACAGGGCAGGGCUUCUGUUGACUUACCAUCCAGUUUGCUUCCUCAUAGUCUCCCUGAUUUAGCUAACAAAGGUAAAAUUGGCGGCGACCCUUAGUCACUGAGAACUUCAGUAUCCUUGACGUAUCUAUUAUGACUCAGGAUUUCAGGGUCACAAAAUCAGUUUAUUUUACAAAGCUUGAAAGAUACACACCCUCAAGGGUCCUCUGAAUUUCCAGAAUUUCCUUAACCAGUCUUUUGACAGAAUAGUUGUCUCCAGAAUAGGGAACUGACUUGAAUGGCUGACGCCAUAGUACUGAUAUACCCUCUGCAAACACGGCACAGUUAGAUAAUUUAAUGAGGUAAUUGUAUUCUGGCAUCUUUACAGACUUACAUAAUAGCAUUUAUGUAUCAUUUUCAUCUUGUAGUCCUGUGAGGGAGGCUAGUAUUACCAACUAUAGUAUUACCUAUAGUUGGACAGCUGAGGGUCUCUCUACAUAUGCAGGAGCCCUUCCUCUGCAGUAGCAUCCUGAGGGGGUUUGAGCUCUCCUUUAUUUUUCCCCAGACUCAGCUCUUUAAAAACUUGUAUGUCUAGAGAGACCCUGAGAGAGAGCAGAAGAGAUUUGAACUGGGACUCUCCUGGGUCACAGGCUGACAGAGAGUUCUUUAGGAAAGCACAAAGCCAUCCUAAUGAGGUGACCCGAGGGAGUUGCCUGAAAUAGCAGGUUUGGAGAUUCAGCAAUCUUCUGUCCUGCUCCGCACCAUCCCAGGAGCUGAAGAUGAUAAUCCCCCAGGCUCUUUAAAAGCCAAAAUGGCUGAACUGGUGAGUUCAAGAAGCCCUGUAUGGCUGGCUUGCCAGGCUGUAAAGAGAAAAAGGGCAACAAAAAAUAAGCAUUGAGUGGCUGCUACCCACAAAACACCAAUGGCAGUUAAACUGAUAUAUGGUAUUCUAUGCAUACUUUUCAGCCUUUUCUGACUUGGGCUAACAGCCUGGGACACAAAGUAAUAUUUUGGCAUUAUUCACCUUUGUACUUCUUUGCCUUGUAUGUUGUUUUCUGACAGCAUGCUUAAUUAACUAUCUGAUUUUUCUGUUGUUCUUUGUUAGGAAAAGACAUCUCUCCCAUAGUCUUUGCUUGAGAAAUGCAGAAUUGAUCCACUAUCUGUUCCUGCCCCAACCCCCUGCCUUUUCAUCAAAUUUUUAAGAGAAUGUUCUAUCAAAACUGAAAAUAAGAUACACAAUAUAUGUACCUCCCUAGCACUUAAACUGGAAUAAUCUGGGUCUAGGUACAGAUUAUAUUAUUAACAGUUCUAAGAAAACUUGAACUUUUGGUCAAUGCUGUAGUUUAAGUAAAAUGUUUGCCCCAUUGUAUCUAUGAAGCUGAUUUUGAUCAAAUAAAUGGAAAGCCUCUUGAAGCUGUUGAGUGGGUUCUUUUAUAUGCACACCCUUGCCCUUGCACUCAAGUCACUCCUGCCUUAAAAAGUAAUCUUACACACACACACUUUCUCUCUCUAGAACUCUGCUCUGUAAACCCCCAUCUGUAGAACUGUGUAGCAGCCCUUUUUUCUAUAACUUGAACAGUAGUCCAUGAGGGAAAAUUAUGCCGUGGCGGAGGGAAGUGUAUGUGCAGCAGAACAGGGCAGCGGAAACAAAUUUACCAUAGUUUUUGCAAGAUUGAGGACAAAGGUUUAAUGACUAUUUAGAAGGGUUUAUUGGCACCAGAACCUUCCUAAAAUGCACCUAAAUUUGGGACUUGACUGCUUUUGUGUGUGUUAAUGUGCCUGAGAUCAGUGGAACUUUCAAGUAAAUAUGCAUAAGGUUAUUGGGAUUGCAGUUGAGAAGCGACUUGACAGAGUUCCAAAUGCCAAUUGCUUUGUUAACAGGAAUUAAUAUUCUCUAGAGCUGAGGGAAGGCUCUUACUGUAUCGGUUCUGUUUCAUUGUACACACGGAAGACUGUGAUGUCUUUCCUCCCUCCGGUGUUGGAAGUCAUCAAUAAUGGCUACUUGAAUAAAAUUGUAAAUGAAAAGGCA